AUGGCAGAGAAGUGUGACUGUAUCGCUAGCAUGUACGGGUACGACCUGGGCUGUCGCUUCAUUAAUUUUCGCCCCUUGGGCUUCGGGGCCAAUGGGCUGGUGCUGUCAGCCCUUGACAGUAAGAGCUGCCGCAAAGUGGCGGUGAAGAAGAUCACCAUCGGCGACGCGCAGAGCAUGAAGCACGCUUUCCGGGAGAUCAAAAUCAUCCGUCGCCUGGACCACGAUAACAUAGUGAAGGUGUACGAGGUGUUGGGGCCAAAGGGGACAAAUCUGCGUGGAGAUUUUUUCAAGUUUAACAUGGUGUACAUCGUCCAGGAGUACAUGGAGACAGACCUGGCACGGUUGCUGGAGCAGGGGAAGCUUGCUGAGGAGCACGCCAAGCUCUUCAUGUACCAGCUACUGCGGGGGCUGAAGUACAUCCACUCAGCCAACGUCCUCCACCGUGACCUCAAGCCGGCCAAUAUUUUCAUCAGCACGGAGGACCUGGUGCUGAAGAUCGGUGACUUUGGGCUGGCCAGAAUCGUGGAUCAGCAUUACUCACAUAAGGGUUACCUUUCCGAAGGCUUAGUAACAAAAUGGUAUCGCUCCCCACGCCUCCUCCUCUCACCAAACAACUACACCAAAGCCAUCGAUAUGUGGGCAGCCGGUUGCAUCCUGGCCGAGAUGCUGACGGGAAGGAUGCUCUUUGCUGGGGGUCAUGAGCUGGAACAGAUGCAGCUUAUUCUGGAGACAAUUCCCGUUAUCCAUGAGGAAGACAAAGAGGAGCUGCUCAAAGUGAUGCCAACAUUCAUCAACAGCACAUGGGAAGUCAGGAAGCCGCUGCGCAAGCUGCUCCCCGAAGUGGACAGUGAAG